AACCAAAACAUCAACUUUUUUACAACAACUAAAGAACACUAAUCAAUCAUGUCUGGUAAGAAACGUUUGAUCCAACUUCAAUCAAAUUGUCGACGAUGAUUUCCUUGGACGUCUCUCGGAGUUUGUAUUGAUGUGGUGACUGGCUACAUUUUCCUCCUUCAAAUGAUUUACCUACCCGUACUUCUCUCACCAUCCAUGUCCGGUCCAUCCAUCCCACAGGAAAAGGAAAAGGAGGCCGUGGAGAAAAGAAGUCCACAACCGCAUCCGCCAAGGCCGGUUUGCAAUUCCCCGUCGGUCGUAUUGGACGUUACCUCCGUCAAGGAAAGUACGCCACCCGUAUGGGAGCCGGAGCCCCGGUUUACCUCGCUGCCGUCCUCGAGUACCUAUGUGCCGAGAUUCUAGAACUUGCCGGAAACGCCGCUCGUGACAACAAGAAGAGCCGUAUUGUCCCUCGUCACAUCACUCUUGCUGUAAAGAACGAUGAGGAACUCAACAAGCUCUUGGGAGGAGUUACUAUUGCCUCUGGAGGUGUUCUUCCCAACAUCCACGCCAUCCUUCUCCCCAAGAAGAGCGGCAAAUAAGCAAUGAACUGAUCAAAGAAGGAUCGAUGCUGUAAAUACAUGGGCAAAGCCCAA